GGUCACCGCCACUUCCUACUUCCGCAAACACAGUUCUGUGUUGCUUCUUUCCCCCCGUUCUUCAAUGCUGCGGUCGACUGCUGCCGUAUAUAUUUCGUCACGUUGAUGUUCAUUACAGUUACGACAUUUAUGACCGAUUGAUUCCCACCAUGACGGCCAACAGCCGCUGUUCCGCCGCAGAGCCUCCGGGUCUGGAGACCCAACGGCGGGAGAUCGAGUGUCUGUUGCGGGAGUGUGAGCUCCGUGCCGGGGACAGUUGGUAUGUGGUCGACCGUCGCUGGUUUGAGCAGUGGAGGGAGUUUGCAGAGACUGGAGACCAGAAUUCCUCGUCCUUUCCCGGUCAGAUCGACAACACGGAGCUGUUUGAGGACCUAGACUCGUACCGCCUGAAGGAGCGUCUGGUAGAGAACGAGGACUUUGUGUUGGUUCCAGCAGAGGCGUGGCACAAGCUGCUGGCGUGGUAUGGCAUGGUGGACGGUCAGCCUCCAUUGGAGCGCAAGGUGGUUGACCUACCCAGCACCCUGAAGGUGGAGGUUUACCCUGUUGAGAUCUUCCUCUGUCUCCAUAGCAACAUGGACAAUGUCAUCACGGACCAGUUUAGCCGCACAGACAACAUACAUGCCAUCCAGACAGCCAUGUGCCGCGCCUUCUCUGUGCCUCCGGGCUCAGAGUGCCGACUGUGGAUGAAGAGUUCGGACAGCAGCUGCGAGCGUCUCAGGAAUGUGCACAUAAGUGUGCUGGACGCCUGCUUGAGCUCAGGGAUGACAGUGAUCAUGGAGAUGAGGAACUCUGACGGCACCUGGCCGAGCUCCAGACCUCAGAUCAUGAGGAACUCCGUGGAGGAGCAGGACUCGUACCGAGGACAGCCUGGCGUCUGUGGCCUUACCAACCUGGGAAACACCUGCUUCAUGAACUCUGCGCUGCAGUGCCUGAGCAACACCCCCCCGCUGACAGAGUACUUCCUGCAGAACUCCUACCUGGACGAGCUGAACUUCACCAACCCUCUGGGGAUGAAGGGGGAGAUCGCAGAGGCGUACGCCGACGUCAUAAAGCAGAUGUGGUCGGGGCGACAUUACUCUGUGGUUCCGCGGGUCUUUAAGACAAAGGUGGGCCACUUCGCAUCGCAGUUCCUGGGUUACCAGCAGCACGACAGUCAGGAGCUGCUGUCCUUCCUGCUGGAUGGGCUGCACGAGGACCUGAACCGAGUCAAAAACAAAGAAUACAUCGAACUCAGGGAUGCAGACGGGAGACCGGACCAGGAGGUGGCAGGAGAGGCGUGGAGAAACCACCGCAGGCGGAACGACUCGGUGAUCGUCGACAAGUUUCACGGCCUCUUCAAGUCCACCCUGGUUUGUCCCGAAUGCCACAAGGUGUCUGUGACCUUUGACCCCUUCUGCUACCUGAGUGUCCCGCUUCCUGUCAGCAAGGAGCGCGUCAUGGAGGUGUUCUUCGUCUUUCUGGACCCACACGCCAAACCUGUGCAGCAUCGCGUUGUGGUUCCUAAAGCGGGAAAGGUGUCGGACCUGUGUGCUGCCCUGUCAGACAUGACCAGCGUGGCCCCGACGCAGAUGGUGGUAGCUGAUGUCUUCAACCAUCGUUUCUACAAAAUCUACAACGCUGACGAGUCCCUGAGCUGCAUUUUGGACCGAGACGACAUCUUUGUGUACGAGCUGGCCCAGGGGCCUCAGGAGGAGCAGGUGCUGCUGGCGCUCUACCUGAGGGAGCGCUCUCACUACAGGGACUACGGCUCCGGCAGCAGCUCGUACGGAACGUCGCUGUUCGGACAUCCGCUGCUGCUCAACGUGCCGCAGAGCAGCUGCAGCCGGGAGGAGCUCUACAGCCUGUUCCUGCAGAGACUGGCACGAUACGUCCGGACUCCUGACCCCUCUGAGGAACUGGAGGAAGAGGUGGAGGAGGAAGAGGACGAUGAAGAGGAGCUGUACAAGUCUCAGACCAACGGGAUCAGUGAUGACGAGCAAGAGAGAGCAGAGGCUGCUGGACCCUCCCAUACUCCUAACUGUGGCGGUUCAUCUUCAAACAGCCAAUCAGACGGCACCGCUGCACCUGAUUCACAACCAGACGGCAACCAAACUCCAGCCUCGGCAGAGCGGGAAGACGCAGAAACCAGCAACGGCUCCGGGAUCCCGGCUGAUCCCGGCCCGUCUGAUCCCGGCCCGUCUGGCGGAAACGAGGCCAGCAGCGCAGAGGAGGGCAUGAACGCCUGCGCAGACCAGAGCGCCGCUGGCUGCACAGAAGCGGCGCCAGAGCAGCCAUGUGUAACCACAGAGGAGGAAAACACAGAAAGCAAGCAGGAGGGAGCUUGUUCUCCCAGCCCGCCCCCCAACGAGAAUCCAGCCAAGAGGAGAGCGUGUCGCCAAAGGAGGAAGAAGAACCUCUUCACCAUCCAGGCCGUCAACUCAAACGGGACCACUGAGAGGGGGACGGGAGACGGGGGGAGCGCCGUGUCCUUUAGCUCUCAGCCGUACGUGGCCAUAGACUGGGACCCCGACAUGAAGAAGAGGUUCUACAAUGAGAACGAGGCUGAGAAGUACGUGAAGCACUCCAGCAUGGAGGUUCCUCAGCAGCAGGCCACGGUCCAGCUGCAGGAGUGCAUCGAGCUCUUCACCACCGUGGAAACUCUGGAGGAGGAGAAUCCUUGGUACUGUCCAGUGUGUAAGAAACACCAGCUGGCCACCAAGAAGCUGGACCUCUGGUCUCUGCCCGAAGUCCUCAUCAUCCACCUCAAGAGGUUUUCCUACACCAAGUUCACCAGAGAGAAACUGGACAGCAUCGUGGACUUCCCCCUCAGGGACCUGGACUUCUCUGACUUCCUCCUGAGGAAAAGCCUGUCCAGCGAGGAGCCCCCAAGCCGAUACGACCUCAUCGCUGUGUCCAAUCACUACGGGGGACUCCGAGACGGGCAUUACACCAGCUACGCCAAGAACAAGGACAACGCUCAGUGGUAUUACUUUGACGACAGCAAAGUGACCUACGCCUCUGAGGACCAGAUCAUGACCAACGCUGCCUACGUCUUGUUCUACCACCGACAAGACAAAAUCAGAAAGCCCGCCCUGCCCUCCCCCCUCACAAACUCUGCUUCCUCCACCCAUUCCACCAAUAACGUCGCCUCUAGCACGGACGAGGGCGAGGUGCUGGGUGCUUCUUCCUCUUACAUCACCAUGGAAACGGACUAAACAGCCUCCCUUUGUCUUCAGCCGGUUGAUGAAAGCGGGUCGGCACAGCUGCUGUGUUCUUCAGAACCUGUCCUUCUCAGGUACUUUGAUUCAGAUGAAUGACUUGGACCCACCGUGCUCCAUGGAGGAACCCGAACAAGAGUGCAAACGGUAACCAGACCGGUCCUCAGUGUUCCCACUGCAAACCACCUUUAGAAGGGUCUUGCUGGACCUUCAGAGUGAAGCUGCUCAACUCCCUGAUGCUUUUAGGACGGAUGCUCUCUGUUCUUGAUGAAUGAGGUGACUCUCCACAGCUGUGAUUGGCUAAAGAAAUAGAGAACAUAAUCUGGGUUCCCGCUGCUGCACAGCUGCUUCCUCAGUGGCUCCACAUUUGAUUUGAUGUCUUCAUGCUGUGUUUAAACCUCACAUCCAUCUGAUCUUCUGCUUGCUUUGCUCACCUUGAUAGUCUGCUUCGGUUGAUCCUCAUUCUGUUACGGCGCACAUGUUUAAACAAAUGCUAAUCCACUGAUGAACACUUUGACAUGCAGGGGUUUGUGGGUAAUUGCAGACAGCAGGGAUUGAAAUCAGUCAUUUUGUAGAUUUGUGGUUGUUUUCUGAUAUUUAUUUUUAAUUAAAUAAUUACAGAGACCACGCAGUGUGAUUUUUGUGAAUCAGCUGGUGCAGGAUGUUGACCUUUCCUAUUUAUACAGAACGUUUCUAUGGAGACAGAAGCCAGCAGAGUUUCUCAGUUUUAAACAGCUCUGUACAGUAUUUUUCUAUUGUAAGUAAUGUAUUGUCGACAGGAUCAUUCCUGGGGGAGCAGCAGGGAAGCUUCACUUGUUUCUUUGGUCUUCCCGUCAAAUAUCAGAGGAAAAUAUUUUAUUGUAUUUUCAGUCUUUUGAUAUAAAUUAAAGGACUAAUAUCACCA